GUGCAAAAGUAGAAAAACAAGAAGUGAGUAGUACUCAAACACAAAUUUAUCAAAGAAAUAAAAUGAGCAUUCCUUUUGUAGAGGCCUUGGCAACGUGAAAAAGUUAGGGAUCCGCCAUUGUCGUAGUAAGAGUGCUCCAUCCGGAUGGUGCUUACAAAUUUCGAUGGAACUGGAAUUGGAUUCGGUUUUGGAGUCGGCUGUGGUUUCGGCGUUGGAUGGGGUUUCGGAGGUAUGCCUUUGAAUUUCCUAGGUCUUGGUGCAGGUGGAGGCUGUGGAGUUGGGGUGGGCCUUGGAUGGGGGUUUGGAACAGGAGUUGGUAGUAAGUACCGAUCUUCAAGAGUUGUUUUUCAGGGAGUUGAUUUCAAUAAGAAAAGUGAAACCGAAGGUACUACACAGUCAUCUUGAUUCUUGACACCUUGGUACUUGUAGAAGAAAUUUCAGUUUGUGAAUUGACACCUCAAUCAUGUGUCACCUUGUAUCCCAUUUGUAAGAGUAAAUGAAUACAACAUUUCUACACUCUAACAUCCAAUUGAUGUCGCCUAUUAUGCUCUGUGGCUCCUUUUUAGAUCGAAUGUAAUACAAGUAAAGCUGCAAUCAAAC